AUCAUUAUUUUUGACCACUGAUCUAACGAACUCGCGAAAUCUCAUCCGGUAUAGUCUGGCUGAGGCGGGACCUAUUCAAAAUAUCGACCAUAAUCCACCUGGAAUAGGAACACAUCUUGCUGUUGAUAGCGUCAACAAAAUUGUAUACUGGAUUCUUUUUACGGCAGAGACGUCUUAUAAAAUAUACAAAACGACAUAUGAUGGUCAAACAUCACUGAUUGAAUCUAAUCAAAUGGGAAGCGUUACCACUGUAGAUAUUGCAGAGGGGGAUGGAUACUUUUAUAUUCUUGAUUCAAUGACGUCCGAAGUUAGCAAAUAUAAUAAAACAACGGAUGUGGCAGUCAGCACGAUAUCACUUUCACCUGGAGCAGAGCGAAUGAUUGUUGUUGCUGGUAAGUGA